GUGUGUGUGAGGGUCAGUGAUGGCGGAGAAGGGUAACGGUGGUGUGAGCUCCAGGCUUGCAGCCCGGAGGAAGGAGAAAGCGGGGGAAAAGAAGGAGGAAAAGAAAGAAGAGGAUGGAGGGAAGGUAAACGGAAACGGCAAAAACGUGGCCAAUGGGGAUGCGGCGGUGGCCAACGGUGCACCCGGCGAACCCGGGCUAGAGAAACCAGAACCAAUGGAGCUGCCCCCCUUCGAAACCAUCACUGGGGACCGGAUGGACCCGUUCUCCUUCAGGUUCCAGUUUAAGAACGUGGAGUACUGCUCAGGCCGCAAUAAGACGCUGCUGUGUUACCUGGUGGAUCAGAGCAGCGGGGCGGACGGGCUGCUGCGGGGCUUUCUGGAGGAUGAGCACGCGGGGCUUCACGCGGAGCUGGCCUUCUUCCAGCUGAUCCUGCCGCAGUACGACCCCUCCGUGAACUACACGGUCACCUGGUACGUGUCCUCCAGCCCCUGCGCGCACUGCUGCUCCAAGCUGCUGGAGAUCCUGCAGGAGAGGAAGACCCUGCGGCUGAACAUCUUCUCCGCGCGGCUGCUGGAGGCUGAGGAGGAGGAGGGGCAGGAGGAUAACCGGGCCGGGAUGAAGGCUCUGGCCGGGGCCGGCUGUAAACUCAGGGUCAUGAAGCCGCUGGAUUUCUCCUACAGCUGGGACACGUUCGUAGAGCACGAGGACGAGCGCUUCACGCCCUGGGAGGACUGCCAGGAGAACUACGAGUACCACCACGAGAAACUGGCCCAAAUACUGGAGUGAAGACUCAGGGAAAAUGAAGAAUUGGAUGACAAAAAUGCAGAUUUACUCUUUCCCAACCCCAUUUAAGGAUUGUGUGUCAGUGUGUGUGUGUGUGUGUGUAUGGUUGACAGUGUGUGUGAGGAAGAGUGGGGUUACUCUUACCCAUUUUAAAGUUCUGUGCGACCCACAGAACCUACAGAACCCUGUCCCUUAUUUUAUAAUAUGAAAUUAUAUGUAAUGUAUUAUGGAUGAAUAUUUAUACCAGUAAAUUCACCACAAAUCACAGCAUUUCAGAAUAAGAGUCCUCGACCGACCGUCUCAGAUUUGUUUCCUAUGCUCAGGAAAUAAAGUGCACAAAUUUAUAUGCUUAUAGAGUUAUUGAUGCUUAAUUGUGCUAUAAAAAUAAUUAUAUUUUAAACAAUCAGAGUAAUUCUGAAAAAAAUAUUUGUAAUGAAGAAAAAUCUUAUUUUUUUUAUUUUUAUUUGAUAUUUAAGAUUUGCAAUGCAAAAUGCAAUUAUCCAUCCCUCCAUUAUUUGAUUAAGUUAUGACUUCAGAUUUAAUUUAUACAUUAAAAAAAUAAAUAGUUAAAAAGUGAUGAUUCAAUAAAUAACAGCAAUUUUAUAAUAUGUAUUUAAACAUUUCUGAGACGGUCUGUCAGAAGUUAACGGAUGUUUCUGUGGAUUGUUAAAGUAAUUUGAGUUGCUAUUUCUUAUUCUAUUUUUUAAUUUUUGUAAUAUACACUGACAUGCCACAAUGCAUGGGAUAGCAGUAUAAGUUGUGAGGUGAAAUCCAUUUCCAAAGUGCAUUUAGCAAAUGUCCAAGCAAAUCGUGCACAAUACUAGCUUCUGUCCCAUGACUUUUGGCAUGUCAGUGCAUUUUAUACAGUAUAUGCAAGUGCACCAAAAAUCGUAUGUUUUCUGCACACUGUGUUUAUAAUUCUUUCAUUUUUAUGACAAAAAAAUUGUGGUGUUUUUUCGAAAGCGUAACAUUUUUUUCAAGUGAUUUACUUCAAGUUACAUCACCUGUCAUUUCAUUUUUGUAAUAAAUGUAAGUUACCUGAAUGACAAAGCACUGAGCGAACAGCAUCAUUUCAGCAAAAAUAAUGAUAUUAAUACUAAUAAAAAAUGUUUUCUCA